UAGAAUCGUAUGACGUAUUCUAUUGGAUGAGAUGAGUGUAUACAGCACAUGAUCAACAUUUGAGUUAUCUGACGAAGCUUGCAAUCACGUACGCGAGUAGAAUACUAUCGACUAGACUACGGAAUGCAUGGCAACGAGAAGUUACUGAUGCUGUGGGUACCCAGCCUACGUCUGCACGUUAUACAGCAGAAGUGGUUCUGUUGCUUUGGUGCAUUUUGCACAGAGGAAACUUUAGUACUUAUCCUACCCCACUAAGUUUUUGACCACAUACGACGCAGCAAAAAAUUUAAUGCAUCACCUUGCUUGGAGUAUAAUUCCACCCUCGCACUAGGAAAUCGCUUCCGUGCAUUGUAUCAAAUGGAACUUGCUGCCACUGGAUAAGGCGCAUACUACAGAAACGCUGGAAAAGACGAAAGAACAUAAUAUGCUUUUCACAUCUUUUUGCAUUCCGGCCUCAAUCAUUUUUCUGCUAUUUCCAGCGCCCUUAUCUUUUGACCGGUUAUGAGGCCAGAUAGCAGCUUCAGCAUCCUCCAGCUACGCGCUGUUUAGUUAGAACAUGUAAAUCAUGACCUGGUCUCGAGGACCAAGGCACAGCGAUUGUUUUCAACUUUCGUGCUUAUGUAUGUCCUAUCAAAUGUUUCCAUCAAGGAACACGAGAUGAAAGGAAAACACCUCUUGAUAAAAAACGCCGCGUGCAUUUCGAGUAAGGAAGCCAUAUGCGCUGUUAUGAUACAAAGUCUUACUGCGAUUUACGAUAAAAAACUUCAGGCGUUCGCAUGUAUACCACAAGCUUUUGAUAUGCUGACCUCCUCAAAAACCUGAUAGCUGAAAAGCGCAUCAAGUGAAUCCAGUGCGAAUAGAGGAAUCCAUCGCAAUAAUUUGUGUGCAAAAAAGACGUGAAAGCGCUAAAGAAGAAACAGCACGUGCGAUGAACUAAAAAGCAAUAUAGAGUGUAGUAAGGCUGAACAGACCGCUGUACAGAUGUAAGCGCACAGGUUACUUACUCAGGCCGGUCAAAUCUCGCAUUGAACGCAGCGAAAGAUAUGACAGCCAUGGACAGUGGUGCCUUAGCGCAUAUGUGGAAGGAUCACCAAAUUUGCGCACUACAGAAACGAAGACGCUGUGCAGUAUCUUAAUCGCCAAAAGGGGCGCAAGGAAGUAGAAAUUUAGUUACAGAAAGAUAAAGAUGCGUGGAUCGCGUGGAUUGAUGCAUUAAUGUAGCUUUGGAGAAUGCCUUAGAUGUUUAAGAACUUGUUAUCAAUCACAGUCGCGGUGGCACAUGGAAUGAGAGUGCUAAUGAGCUGCAAUGAUUGUACAAAUAUACCUGUAGCAGCUGGCUAAAGACAAGUUACGCUGAUACAUAUCAGUACAGACGUUGGAAAUUUGUCUUACUAAGCAAAAUUGAUGCAGAACUUUGGAAUCGACGGCUUGAAAAUCCAUCAUAUGGUAAAUUGAUCAAGACGAUCAAAGUCAAAUGGAUUGAUGACACGGUGGAAUAGUGAAAAGUAGAGAAGCAAACGUCCAAGGUCAAUAACGAGUAUCACAAAUGCAAAGUAAACGCUGGUCUAGACUCUGCAGUGUGCAAUGACAUUCUUGUGCCAAUAAGUACGUGGUGACGACGAUCAUGAUCAUAAGUAACUAUGAAUGUUUUUAAGUAGAGCGACGUUGAUAAGCUUCUGUCAAGACGCUUAGACAACUACCACCAUAAAUGUCAAGGUGCUUCAAGGCAAUUAUAUUUGUGCGUGAUAAACAGGAUUCUUGUUCAAUUCGAUGCAGUCUUGAUUGUCUCGAUAGAUGAGAGCUGCAUCGUUAUCUUCGCCGCCAACGUGUAGAUCACCAAGAAGACGUUGCAACCUAACCAGACUCAUGUAGAGCCGGUGUUGUAGUUGUCGCAAUCGUUUGCUGACGCUUCAAGCUCUAUGAGACUGCAUAUAUAUUCAAAAAAUACGAGCCAGUUGUCGUGCGUCGUGUGCCCAAGUCGCCUGCACUAUUUACAUUCUCAAAUCCAACUGGCGCCCCUUUGUUCGCACCGCCACAUUCAAUUUUGAGCUCUUGGAGAUCUAUCACUCUCGACCAUGCCAGUACUCAUCAUGAAUCUUCUUCACAGCGCUUCUCUUUGAUAACUUUGAACUUUGCUCCAAGUUAAGGAUGUUACCUGUGGUUUAAGGUGAUCAAGUUUCGUGGUAAAUCACACUAGAUAUAUAAUUAUACUAGACAUACAACGUAUCAAGCAAAACAGCAAGACGUAAUGCUCUCACAGCUGGAGGGGUUUCAGAGAUGAAUAAAGUAUUUCUUGGAGCAUAACCUAAUUACCGCUGCUCAUUUUGUUAUACAAUUUGUUCUCACUAUUGCCAUGCGUAAGAUAGCUCUUUAUCGAGGCCAUUCCAGCGUAUCAUUUGAGUAGGAAGACCUUGAACUCACAGGAAACCUUGGCGAAAGAGUCUUUGUGAAAACGGUCUUAAAUUACUGAUUAGAACAUCUCACCGUCAUAAAUACCGUUAUGCUCAUUUAAUGCAGUUGCCAGGCU